CCCCCUCCGUCCUCUACUCUACUGAGCACUGAGUUCCAUCCAUGUGCCGCUUGAUACUUUUAGCAGUUUGAUUGUUCGUUUUGAGGCGUCAUGUGCUGCCGCUUAUUUGAUUCUUUCCUCCAUGCGUUGCUUAUCUUGACGCGUACCAUGCUUUGUUUAUCUCCAUGCAUCGGUCUCCGCGAUGUUAGAUAGAUUCUACUCUUCCAUACUCAGAUCAUCUGAGCACGGAUUCAGUCAAUGUGCAUGCACCGGUUUUACUACUACCUUCCCCUUGACGCCAAAGCUGUUCUCCUAUCUCGCCUUCAUCCGGUUACUGUUCUGCUCCCUCGCAAAGUUUUGAGCAGAGUUAACCUGUGUUCGAACCUCCCUUCAUCAAUGGACUGGAACUGGAGGCAGCACUGCUGAUUGAUAUGCUCUGUGCUCAGGGAGAUUAAACAGAGGCUCUCAACAGCUGCAGGCCUGCUCGUUACAGUAUACUACUGUACCUUAGAUAAACAUAACCAAUCACGCUAAUUUCGCCCCGUGACAUGUUAACCAUUCGUGUGGGCGGCCAUAAACUACGCUUCCACCCUUACACACCACCACCUAUCUUGCCGGAGGCAGCCAGGAAGCGACCAAAAUUUUCAAAAUCGGGGGCGCACCGCACUGCACGCAUGUGACUGCGCCAUGUCCGGUUCUUGAGCCCGGCGCCAAGCGGCCAAAGGAGCCGCAGUGCGGCGCUGGUCCACCUGUCUCCCCUCGCUAACCCGCAUCUGUAAAGCCUCGCCCCCGUGCUUGCAUAUCACGGGGGAUCAUUAGGUUAUUAAGCUAAUGCGCCUCCCCUUUCCCGGCUCCUGCCUGCCUCUCCCUCUCUCUCGCUCGCUCGCUCGCCCGGUUGCUCCCCAUUCACUUCUUGUCGGUCGCCUUUGCCGCUUUCGGCCGGCCUCGGAUUCUUUGUUUCCCCAUUGCUUCUCGCGGCUUCUCCUCUCUGCAUCUGGUUCACUUCGCUCGAGCUGAAGUGUGUUGAGCCGUUGAAUCCGGAGCGGUUCUUGAGCUUUGCUUUCUGGUCAGAACUUUGGAGUUCUUCUCUCUGGUUUCUACCCUGCAUUUGGGAUGAAGGGGGGCACUGAAACCCUGUGCCUCCUCUAGUCAUGCUGUACUUGAGCAAGAUGCAUUUUCUGAGGUUAUAUUCGAGCAGUACAGCCGUGAGGAAUGGCUCCGUGGAGCACCCUGCCCGCGGGUCUCCCCUCGGAGCAAGCAAGACGGGCCGGCCGACGAGGCUGGCCGGCCUGGACUCCGGCGUCGACGCGGCGGCGACCAAGUCGCCCACCGGCCGGAGCCCCAAGGUGGAGCGCCGCACCACCAUGAGCGCCGAAAGAGAGAAAAGGAGGUCGCCCAUGAAGCUGUCGGAGCUCGAGUCCCAGCUCUCGCAGCUGCAGGACGAGCUCAAGAAGGCCAAGGAGCAGCUCCAUUCCUCGGAGAACUUCAGGAAGCGGGCCCUGCAGGAGGCCGAGGAGGCCAGGGCGCAGGCGGCGGAGGCGUCCGCGCAGGCCAGCGACUCGCGGGCGCAGCUCGCCGAGCUCUCCUCGGUGGAGCAGACCCGCAUCUUCGAGCUCCGCCGGCUCUCCCAGGAGCGCGAUCGCUCGUGGCAGUCGGAGCUGGAGGCCAUGCAGAAGCAGCACGAGGCGGACUCGGCCGCGCUCGUCGCCGCCAUGGGCGAGGUGCACCGCCUCCGCGUGCAGCUCGCCGCGGCCGCCCGCGCCGACCGCAAGCAGGAGGUGGCCGAGGCGCUGGCGACCGUUGACGAGCUUAAGGCCAAGCUCUCCGCGAGCGAGGAGGCCGAGGCGCGGGCGCGAGCGUUGCACGAGGAGUGCAAGCAGCAGCUGGAGGCGAGCCGGGCCACCAUCGACUCGCUGCUCACCGACGGCUCCAAGCUGAUGGACUCCUUCAGCCUCGUCGUCACGGAGCUCGAGGAGUCGCGCGCGAAGCUCAAGGCCCUCGAGGAGGAGGUGGCGGAGACGACGUCGGCAAAGGCCGCCGCCGCAGCCGGCCAGAGCUGCAACUGCUCGGACUCGGAGGCCGCCGAGCUGAGGUCGGCGCUGGAGGACGUGGAGGCCAGGUUCCAGGAAGAGAAGAUCCUGAGCACCGUCGAGACGCAAUGCGCGUACGAGCUCAUGGACCAGAUCAAGGUCGAGUCCGACCUGCGGCAUGGCAAGCUCGCCGCCGCGCUCGCGAGCGCCAAGUCCGAGGUCAUGUUCCUCAAGGCGAGCCUGUUCGACAGGGAGUCCGAGCUGCGGCGCGCCCAUGACGCGACCAAGAAGCUGCAGGACGACGCGAGAACGAACAGCACGGCCGACGAGCUGAAGGCGCAGCUGCAAGGCGCGCUGCAGGAGAACGGGCAACUGAAGCUCGAGCUGCGGCAGUACGAGUCCGAGAAGGUCCCGGAGAAGUCGGACGCCGACGCGGCGGCGGAGGCGGCGAAGAAGGGGGAGACGGAGGCCGAGCUGAGGCGGCUGAGGGUGCAGGCCGAGCAGUGGCGGAAGGCCGCCGAGACCGCCAUGGCGUUGCUCACCGUGGGCAAGGGCGGCAACGGGAAGAUCUUGGACCGCGGCGAGUCGCUGGACGGCGGCAAGUACGCGGGCCUGUACGACGAGCUCGACGACGACGCGGCGGCGGCCAGGAAGAACGGCAACGUGCUCCGGAGGAUCAGUGGAAUGUGGAAGAAAUGAGGCUGAUCGGCCGAUCAACUGAUGUCAAGUAGUGGCGUGGCUCGAUCGUAGGGAUCGAGCUGUUCAUUUUUUCCCUCGCUUGUAAAAUUGUUUUGCCGGUUCUCGUGGUGUAAAAACAUAGGUGUGAUUGUACUGAACGUGCUCAUAGAUGUAUCAUACGCGGUAUAUGAUGAAUUGAAUCAGUUCAUCCUUUGAUCGUAA